AUGUAUCAAUUAAAAAUUAGUAAAUCACAAGAAUAUAAUUCAUUAACAUCAAUGGGAUUCGACAAAAAUGUUGCAAAAAUAGCACUUAUUAUAACGAAAAGUAAUUUACAAGCAGCAUUAAAAAUUUUAAACUUUAAUUUUGAUCAAAAAUCGGAGGAUGAGUCAGAAGAGGAGGAAUCCAAAGAAAAUGGAACAGAAUGUAAGAAAAUGGAAUCGGAAAGUAAAGAUGCUACUAUAGAUGUUGCUGAUAAUGAUAAUGGUGAUACAAAAUCAAUGGAAGAUAAAUGGCCAUUAGGAUAUUCUGAUGAAUCACCAUCAUCAUUGGCAG